GGUCCGUGCUCAUUCAUGCUCAGUGUACAGCAGUGUUCGCCGACUCCCGGGCCGUGCCACGUCCUCGUCCGAACACAACGCCUCUGCGCUCUCGGGCUGAUAAUAUAAAGAGCCGUGACCCUGUGCGGUAGUCGUCACCAUGGCAGAAGCUCACCAGGCGGUGGCCUUCCAGUUCACCGUCACCCCCGAUGGCAUCGACAUGCAGCUGUGCAGCGAGGCCCUGCGCCAGAUCUACCUCUCGGGCCUCCACUCCUGGAAGAAGAGGUUCAUUCGCUUCAAGAAUGGGGUAAUGACUGGUGUGUACCCGGGCAGCCCAGGUGGCUUCAUGAUCGUGGUCGUGUCCUACAUGUCCUACCAUAAAUACAGACAGCUGGAUCCCUCUCUGGGGUUGAUAGCCAAACUGGGCCAACACAUACCGAUCAGUCGAUACAUUUCCACAGAGAACCAGAUGAUGGUUGGAGGAAUCCUGGUGGGCACUGGCCUGUGGGUCUCCAUAAUCAUGAUAAUGAGGAAUGCCCUGAAAAGCCUGUUGUCGUGGCACGGCUGGAUGCACGCACGCCACGGCUCUGUGUCCUAUUCUACCCGUCUGUGGAUGUUAUUAGUGAAGGUGUUCUCUGGCAGGAAGCCCAUGCUCUAUAGCUUCCAGAACUCGCUGCCAAGACUACCUGUCCCCUCGGUCAAGGACACCUGCAGAAGGUACCUGGAGUCAGUGCGCCCGCUGAUGGAUGAUGAGCAGUAUAACCGCAUGAAGGACCUGGCUAAAGACUUUGAGGAGAACCUGGGGCCCAGGCUGCAGUGGUACGUCAAACUCAAGUCGUGGUGGACCUCCAACUAUGUGAGCGACUGGUGGGAAGAGUAUAUUUACCUCAGAGGCCGUGGACCCAUCAUGGUCAACAGCAACUAUUAUGCCAUGGACUUCCUGUACGUGUUCCCCACCUCCAUCCAGGCCGCCCGGGCCGGUAACGCAAUCCACGCUAUCAUGCUCUACAGGAGGAAGCUGGACAGAGCGCAGAUCAAACCUAUUUUCUUGCUGGCGAACAAGGUUCCUCUGUGUUCGGCUCAGUGGGAGCGGAUGUUUAACACCACCCGCGUCCCCGGUUUGGAGACAGACGUCCUCCAGCACACGAACGAGAGCAAACACAUCGCCGUGUACCACAAGGGCCGCUUCUACAAGGUGUGGAUGUUUUACGACGGGCGGCUGCUGCUGCCCCGGGAGAUCGAGCAGCAGAUGGAGAGGAUCCUGGCGGACACGUCGGAGCCCCAGGAGGGAGAGGAGAGACUCGCUGCCCUCACUGCCGGGGAGAGGACCCCUUGGGCAAACGCCCGCGAGGCCUUCUUCAGCCGUGGUAAGAACAAGCAGUCCCUGGACGCCAUUGAGAAGGCCGCCUUCUUUGUGACCCUCGACGAGACGGAGCAGCGCUACGACGCAGCCAAUCCCGUCACGUCUCUGGACAGUUACGCCAAAUCCCUGCUGCAUGGAAACUGCUACGACAGGUGGUUUGACAAAUCCUUCAACCUGAUCGUUUUCAAGAAUGGCACCAUGGGGCUGAACGCAGAGCACUCCUGGGCCGAUGCUCCCAUCAUUGGUCAUCUGUGGGAGCACGUUCUCUCCAUGGACCCUCUGAAGCUGGGAUACGCUGACUCUGGGCACUGCAAAGGGGAGCCCCACCCCAACCUGCCCGGCCCUCAGAGGCUGCAGUGGGACAUCCCUGCUGAGUGCCAGGAAACCAUCCAGAGCUCCCUGACCGUAGCCCAGAAUCUGGCUGAUGACGUGGACUGUCACAUUAUCCCCUUCGCCGACUUUGGGAAGGGUCUGAUCAAGAAGUGCCGCACCAGUCCUGACGCCUUCAUCCAGAUCGCCCUGCAGCUCGCCCACUACAGGGACAAAGGGAAGUUCUGCCUGACGUACGAAGCCUCCAUGACGCGGUUGUUCCGUGAGGGCCGAACAGAAACCGUGCGCUCCUGCACCAUGGAAACCUGUGCCUUUGUUCAAGCCAUGAUUAAAGACGAGACAAGAGAGGAGCGCCUUAACCUGCUCAAGCUGGCAGCGGAGAAGCACCAGAACAUGUACCGCCUGGCGAUGACGGGACAGGGCAUCGACCGCCACAUCUUCUGUCUCUACGUGGUGUCCAAAUACCUGGGAGAGGACUCCGCUUUCCUCAAAGGGGUGCUGUCUGAGCCCUGGAGGCUGUCCACCAGUCAGACCCCCCUGCAGCAGGUCGAACUGUUCGAUCUGGUCAAACACCCAGAAUAUGUGUCGUCUGGCGGUGGAUUCGGUCCGGUGGCUGACGAUGGUUACGGUGUCUCCUACAUCAUCGUCGGUGAUAACCUCAUCAACUUCCACAUCUCCAGCAAACGCACAAGCCAUGAAACCGACUCGCACCGGUUUGGCGGCAACAUCAAACGGGCCAUGCUGGAGAUCCUGGAUCUGUUUCAGCUGGACAAGAAAACCAAGUGAUCCUCCCUCCACACAGGAACGCUGUUUUUUUUAAGCAGAACACACUCUUCCUCAUACUUGUACAGAAUCAAAUGUUGGAUUUUGGGGUUAUUUUAAAGCUAAAAGUGAUGUUACACAAGCAAGAACGACUGAGAAGUUUAGGAGACAUACGUUUUUUGGAGACAUCACUGUCAGUAGCUGUGACGCUUUUAUGUGUAAUGUGUGUACAGGAGGGGCGAGACUCUGGUGGUGUAGGGGAACGGGUCGUGCGCAGAUCAAAGUUGUAAUUUUACAGACCUGUAAACACUCGCACCUAGUAUUUGAUUAACAUGACUCGUGUAAAAAAAGGGCUGAAAGGGAGGAGAAUAAUAGUGGAUCUAGUCGGAGAUGAAAUAAGAGACGGUAUAGGAUAGUUCAUUUGCAUCAUCCCAUAUUUGGAUUGCAGUUUAAAACGUGAAAGAUGCAAAAUAUAUUUACUUGUUUUUGUCCCAUUUCCAAAAAAAAAAAAAGUCCAUCAAUUCUUAAUUUUUUAAGUUUCCUCAUUGAGUCGAAUGUAAUUGGCCAAUCGGCAAACCGGAUGUAAAGUUGAACAGAUUAGCAUGUUGUGUGUGUGGUGUCCGUCGGUUCCACGAGGCCCGAGCAGCUAAACUACACAUUAACAAGAAUUAUAAAUAUUCCACUUUGACCUGAUACAGACGACACAGAGCUGCUCCACCCCCCCCCCCCCCCCACGACUCCAGUGCACAGCCGGUGCAUUUGCUCCUUCUUUUUAGCUGCUGUGUGGUUUAAUGAUGUAGCGACAAAGACAGAUUGUUAUUGUGUGCGUGGGUUUUUGUUUUGUUUUGUUUAGUUGUUGUUUUCAUACUCAGGUUUUUACUAGCCCGGCCUAGUAUAGUACGGUGCCGGGGCUGCAGCCUUUGAAGAUCGGCGUUGUGAGGUUUGCGACACAGUACAACACCGUCUGACGCGGUGGGCGGAGUAACAUUAGGUUUUGCCGUUAAAGUGUGUGUUUGUGUGUGUUCGAGUGUGUGACCGAGGGUGAAUGUGAUGUCUAAAUAGCCGAAGGUGACUUUUUUUUUUUCUCCCAAGCUUCCGGUGAUUUAAAUCAAAAAGUGGAAAUAAUUGUACUUUUAAAAACCACUGUUGUGCGCUUAGUGACUGGCCGUUUAGUUCAAACUAACAAAUCUCUACUACCUAGAAGCCUUCAGUGGGAUCAAUAGAGGAUAAAUAAAGUUGCAGUAUCGUGGUGUCUCAGCAUCUGUCGCCUGGACGUAGAUGAAGAACUGCUCAGUGGGGGGGGGGACGCGUCUCUCCAUAGGAAAUCACUGUCUCUCUCGCUCCGUGCCCGUGAAGGAGAGAGGCUGUCGUGUAGGAAGAUUUUCUGUUCUGUGUGUGUUGCCAGGUUCAUCACAUUAUUUAUUUUAUUUCCCAUGUUUUAACUUCACAUGUUUGGAGACGUGGAUUCACCAGCUGAAUGUCGAGCACUUAGUAAAAGCUUUGCUGAUUGAAGAAGUGAAACGGAUUAAUAAAAAAAAAAUGUUCCCGUUUUUGUUUAUUUCUUUUUGUUGAUUUAUUUGUUUUUGACAUGACACUUGAGUUAUCGCUGACUUGUUGUAGUUGUUUGACUUUUUAUCUCGGUAAAGUGUCAUGUUUUCCGCUGCAUGGUUUUUGAAGAUGAAGCUGUAUAUGUUUGCAUUUUAUUUUAAAGAUGUGUUUAAAAAAAAUUAAAUAAGGACAUGCAGCUGAUACACCAAAACAAGUUUCAACAAUAAAGUGAAUGUCAGACA